GAUGGCCGCGCACGCCGUGGUGGACGGCAUCGUGGACGACAUCUGGCGCACGGGGGACCUCUUGGAGAAGCGCCCCGGAGACCAGGAGCAGGGCAUGCAGACGCGUGCUGCGUAUUUGAAACUACGCAGGCGGGAGCGUGCCGACGCCAAGCGGUGCGCUGGAGCAGUAGCCAGAGCUGCAGAGAGGCUGGACUUGGAACGCAAGUGGCACAAGAAGCGCGACUCUGUGCUGCGGGAGGGCGACUACGUCCCGAAGGACGGCCUCGAGGAUCACGUGGAGCAGGAGUUCGUCACCUCCGAGGUCGCGCUGGACAGCCGCGGCAAGGAGAUCGAGGUCCUUAACUCCUCGGUCCACGACGACACCGCGGACGAGGUGGAGUACCGCAAGUUGAUCCUCGCAGAGAAGAAAGACUUCCAGGUUGACAGCUGGCGGCGCGACCCCGCGCAG